CGCGUGACAACACACCGCUACACUAAACAAGAUGGGUAAGACUCGUGGUCUUGGAGCCGGUCGUAAGCUGCGCAACUUGCGCCGCGAGCAGCGCUGGGCGGACAAGGACUUCAACAAGGCGAACCUCGGUUCCGAGUGGAAGAAGCCCUUCGCCGGCUGCUCCCACGCCAAGGGCAUCGUCCUCGAGAAGCUCGGUAUCGAGGCCAAGCAGCCCAACUCCGCCAUCCGUAAGUGCGUGCGCGUUCAGCUCAUCAAGAACGGCAAGAAGAUCGCCGCCUUCGUGCCCCGCGACGGUUGCCUCAACUUCGUCGACGAGAACGACGAGGUUCUCAUCGCCGGCUUCGGCCGUAAGGGCCACGCCGUCGGCGAUAUCCCCGGUGUGCGUUUCAAGGUGGUGAAGGUGGCGGGUGUGGCUCUCUCCGCGCUCUUCCGCGAGAAGAAGGAGAAGCCCCGUUCUUAAAUUACUGCUGGGUUGUGGGGGCGCAAAAGCUCGAGGGAGAUUUGCGCCAAACGCGUUUAGCGAGGCCUACUUAGCAGGCUUGAUAACACGCAAAGAGUUUACGAAA